CGAAUCGCUUGGGCGCGGCCGCCCGGGUCCCAUUCUUGCUGUUCACUGCUGCGCCCAGAUCUAAUCACUGGCGCUCUGGCGCGAUGGAGCACGGGAGGAGGAGGAGGAGCCAGCGACGAUUCUUGGAGUGAAAAUCUCGAAUCCCUCUCACAGGUCUGUAGGCUAGGAGCUCGGAUCGAACAAGCAAGCGGCGGCUAUGUCAGAUCAGAAUCCCUGCACGACGCCGAGCUGCGCGCCCCAGCUCAAGUUCUACCAGGCCUUCACAUUCGCGACGCCGAUAAUCUUCACGCUCGUGCUGCUGCUGCUCUUUUGCGUGCUCUAUGUGCGGCGGCGCCAGACCGCCAGGGCCGUGUCGCAGCUCCGCGCCCAGUUCUUCGCGAGAGGGAUCUUCUCCGCGUGGCCAGUCGACCAUGGAUUAACCAAGUCCUUUCGAGCGACGCUACCGACCAUUGUUUUUGACGAGAGCUUUGCGGCCAGCAGGGAAGAUAACCAGUGCGCAGUUUGCUUGUCAGACUACCAGCCCGGCGAAAAGCUGCAGCAACUUCCAGUGUGUGACCACAUCUUCCACGUCGAGUGCAUAGAUGAGUGGCUUGCAAACAACUCAACUUGCCCGAUCUGCCGUGGCUCGUUGCAUCACGGGAAGCUGGUCCCUAUGGAAAGUCUUGGAGGCCAAGUGGAUCCUCACGGUCAGGACAGGGGUCACACGGCAGUGACUAUAACAGGGUGCGAGUCAAGCAACAGGAAUGGAUCGACUAGCAGCAGCAGUAGCGGAACUAGUGGCAGUGGUAAUGGAUCUCAGGUCACCGAAGUGACUACUACCGCUGGGGUAGACCACUUACCAGACAAAGCUGCUGCUAAACAAGACAAUCUACCAGGCAAGGCUACUGAAACUCAAGCUCAAGAACAACAAGUUAUGGAAGGUCCGAGCCACAGAAGCAUUUCUUCGAUGGAGGAAGCCGUGAAAGACAGUGCCGAGCACACAAUCCAGAUCGAGCGCUGAGAGCUCCUUGCUUCUUCGUUCACACUUUUGUCUCCUCUCUCCCUUUUUUUUCUUUUUUUCUUUUUUUCUCUUUUUUCUUAUUUUGAUCGCAGGAAGAGCUCACUAAAAGCUCACCUCCAACUCCUGGUGGAUGGAAAAAUAUCGUCUGUACUAUGAGAGUAAGCACAAGAGGGAGCCAAAGUUUCGCCACAAUACCUUUGUAUUCUUUCCCAAGUGCUCCCCCAUUUUCUUUCAAUGUAAAGUUUGUGUAAAACAGAAUAGCAAUAUAUCACAUCUUGUUUU